AUGUCUGGGCCCAUUCAACCAAUCAGCAGCAACUUGGCUUCAAACAAAGAGAGCAAUGAACGAGAAGGUACUCCAACUGCUAUUUUUCUUGAUCAUCAUUCACAACCAACCACCACAGCAACCACGAGUGCUGACCUUCCAUCCACACCACCGCCACCACAAUCUUCAUCUCCAUUGAUUGGAAAUACCACUUCUGACGCGGAUAAUGAAGAAUUUCAUGAAUUGGUCACUGAUCUCAAUCGUCAAAUGGGAGUUUUGAAAUCAAAGAGAAGUAUUUUCAAAUACUUGUUGUUUUCAUGUUUUGGAUUGUUCGUUGCAUUGAGUACAGUCUACUUUUUGGUUGGUUUGUGUGUCUAUUUCUUGGUCGAUUUUGGAAACAUCACUCAGGGACCAUUUUCUUGUCUUUUACUCGAUAAGGAUUGUUAUACGAGACAAGGAAUUGUUGUCUGCAGAGCCAAGGUGAUCUAUGCAUUCAGAGAAUUCCUCACCGUCGAUGAAUAUCCAAGUGAUAGUCCCAUAUGGCCUUCUCAUCUCAGAUCCCAAAUGACUUGUUAUAAGAAUCAAAAAACAACUCAAAUUGCUCUUCGACCCAUAGUAUUAUACAAUCCUUCUGGAAUUCUCAUUUCAUCCUGUGUCUUGUUUGGAGUGGCUGGUUUAAGUCUUGCCAUUGUCUUGUCCGUAUUCUCUGCCUUCAAAGCAGCAUCCAAAAAGAAGAACAAAGUGAAAUUCUAUCAACAACAAGCCUCCGAUUGGAUGAGACGUAGAAGAUCUUCGACGGUAUCCAAUGAAGGAGCUGAGAAUGCUGAGCCAACUUUACAGGAAGAGACAAAACCAAUUUUGACCUCUACUCCACAUUACAGUGCCAUCACGAAUCAAUAG